GCAAAAAAUCCCGCCAUCUGACAUGCGCAUGUGGUGUGUGCCUGGACCCAGCGCCAAGUCAGCAUGCCACCUCAGCGCCCGUUACGGCUGGAAACGGCAGAAUGACCAGUUUGCUCAUAAAAAUGAGUGUUGUGACCGGUUCAUCACAUUUUGAGCGAAGAAUGACCAAUAUGCCCAUCUCGCGAGAGCUCAAUGACCAAUGGUGUGUUUAUCUCUAACCGUUAUCCCGUGCCACGUGUGGUUCUAAUGGGUCCCACUGUCAGUUUUCUGGUCAAAACGCGGUCAAUCAUUGUUUUAGUGUUCUUGGCACCAUAUUACUCAAAAUCGGUGUUUUCAGGAAACAUUUAUGGAAAUGAUGGUUUUCGCACUAUCCGACACAAUUAUGGUGGUUUUUGGCUAUUUACCGUAGGAAGAAAUGCUGAGAAACUGAAAAGUAUUUUCAAUUAUGUCAAACUCCUCAAGCCUCUUGGAAGGACUAUGCGAUGAUGUAUUUUACAAGUCAAGCGAAAAUGUGGUUGCCUUCAGUAGGAAUGAAGAUAGAGAAAAUGGUGUGGGAAGAAUUUUGCGAGUUUGUUUGUCUUAAUUUUGGUAAACUACAAUUUCAAGCACUGAUUCGAUGUUUGACACAUGUGAGGCAGGUUGACAGUGUGCAUGAGUAUAUAGAGACAUCCAAUCCCCUCAUCCAUCAAAUGUUAGCUCAUAAUCCAUAAUUAGACCCAGUGAUCUGUACUAGUUUUAUUGAUGGUUUGAAGAAACCUAUUAGAUGUGUAGUUCUUAUUCAAAGGCCGCCGGAUUUGGAUACUGUUGGUUCUCUUGCUCUUUUAUAGGAGGAAGUUGUUAGAAUUAUUGGGAUUUAAACCAUCUGUUAUAUCCAAUAAUUUCUAGGAAAAUCCCAUAGGCCCAUGUGGCACGUUCAUGCAUGACAAGAAAGAAGUUAAAAUAUUUGCGCUAGUGGAAAAUGAAACCGAAUGGUGGUGCAUGAUGACAUUCAUCUCCUCAUUGAUGGCAUCAAUAUUUUGGUUUUGGUUUCAUUUCUUCAUUAGUACAUUGGUUUCUUCAUACCGUGCGUACUAGCAUAUUUUGUCAUGCAAGAACUUGAAACGAUUUGCCUACUAAUGGGAGACGAAACUGACCACUUAAUAGGAUUUUUAGUGCGUCUGUUUCUCUUCCCCUUAAUGAGAAUUAGUGCGUCCAUUUCAGUUUCAUCUCGUUGCUCCUAUAAGAGGUCGCUCCUCUUUCCAACGAGACACAACUCUUCGCAUUGUUCCAGAGCAUUGCACCGUCUACCUCUUUCCCAUCUCGCUUCCUGGCGUGCACCGGAGAGUGAGACAGCAGGCCUCCGAAACCCCGCCUCUUGUGAUCCGGUACGGGAGAGGGGUGAUCAGGUUUUUGGGGAGCGUCCUUACGCGACUACUGGAGUCUUGUUCAUCGUGGCUGCAAACGGCGACAUCACUGACGAUGAGUUCCCCAACGACGACUUCUUCCCCGACGUCAAGGACCUCUUCAGCGACAUGACGAUCGGGACAUCUGCACCUUCUGCUACUGCGCCGUAUGCCAUCUUAUCCUCACUGUUAGGGCUAGCAUUUGGUUUAUUGCUAAUAGCAAUUGACAUGGAUAUGACGCAUUUUGCUUAUGAUUUUGAUUGUAUGACUAGUCUCAACGAAUUGUUGCUAGUUUCUAGUUUCAUCAAUAUAUUGCUAUUCAUGUUUUAUCCAUUAUUUUUCUGGAUUAAACUAAACGGGAAAAUGCCUAAUUAUUCAACAAUCCAAAAACCUGAUAUAUGUAGGCAAUUUUCUCCUAUUGCUUUUGCUGCAACUCUCAAGCCCGCACCAUUUGAGGGCGUGAACUAUAAGAGGUGGCGUGCGAGGGCAGUUCUUUGGCUUACCACCAUGAACUGUUUUCACGCCUCUAAAGGCAAGCCAGAGGGAGAGCUGACUACUGAGCAGGAGCAAGCUUUCCAGGCUACAGACACCCUGUUUAGAGGUGCUGUCUUGAGUGUUCUUGGCGGCAAGAUUGUCGAUCCAUUCAUGACCAUCAUGGUCGGUAAAGAUAUGUGGGAUGCACUCGAAGCCAAGUUUGGAGUCGCGGACGCAGGAAGUGAGUUGUAUAUCAUGGAACAGUACCAUGACUACAAGAUGACUGAUGACCGCUCCGUUGUUGAGCAGGCUCAUGAGAUUCAGUCGCUCACUAAAGAACUUGAGCAUCUCAAUUGUGUCUUACCGGACAACUUCAUUGCCGGAGGCAUCAUUGCCAAGCUUCCUCCUUCAUGGAGGAAUUUUGCUACCUCUCUGAAGCAUAAGAGGCAAGAGUUUACUGUUGUCAAUCUAAUUGGCACUCUUGAUGUAGAAGAGAAGGCGAGGGCAAAAGACACACGUGCUCGUUUCCAUGAGGGGAAUUCCAGUGCCAAUUUGGUACAAAAGAGAAAUUUCCAAACCCACAAACCCAAGAACAAAAACUAUGGGGGCAAAGGAAAAUUUAGUACAAAGCUCCACAACAUGUCAACUUCAAGAAGAAGAAGGAGACUUAUAAGAAGAAAGGAAAGUGCCAUGUAUGUGGCAGUGAAGAACAUUGGGCUUCAUCCUGCAAGGACCGCUGGGACAUGCGUCAGAAUGAGAACAAUAGCAAGACCGCUAAUGUUGUUAUUGGCGAUGUUGACAUGAAAGAUGUCGGGUCGCAAGAACUACACCCGUGCUGAUGGGAAACGGGACACAUGCUUCUGUUCAUGGUGUUGGUACGGUCGAUCUGAAGUUUACUUUGGGAAAGAUCGUGCGACUAAAGAACGUGCAGCAUGUCCCUGCUAUAAAUAAAAAUCUCGUCAGCGGUUCUUGUUUGUGUCGAGAUGGUUAUAAAUUGGUAUUUGAGUCCAAUAAGGUUGUAGUAUCUAAGUGUGGACAAUUUGUUGGGAAGGGCUAUGAGAGCGGAGGCUUGUUCCCCUUAUCUUUGUCAGACUUUUGCACUAAAGUUAUUAAUCAUGUUUGCAGUGAAACCGAAUCAAAUGUUUGGCAUUCACGACUUUGUCAUAUUAACUUUUGU